AUGCAGCUCGUUAACGGAGGGAAGCCAAAAAAGCCGAAAUGUUGGGAAAGACAAGGUCUUGCAUCAAUAGAAGAUUUUAAAAUGGCAUCCGGUGGCGAGAUUGUCAAGGAAAUGAAGCAGGUUGUCAUAGAGGAAAGUAAUUCCAAGCGGCAGUCUUCAGAAUGUGGAGAAGUAUCGAAGCGAUAUCUUGGCAAUAAAAGGAUUACACCUGCCUUCAAUGCCCCGCCUAUGGUCAAAAAAGCUUUACAAAUGAUGGAUGUGAGCGGUGGAAGUGGAGCUGCAUCUGGUCUUCGAGCAGAACCAUCGCUUAAACAUUUUGAUGAGAAUAUAAUUUCUCUCAUAGAAUCCGAGAUCAUGUCCGUUACGCAUGAAACAGGUUGGUCUGAUGUGGCUGGUUUGGAGGGAGCCAAAAAAGCGCUGCGAGAAAAAAAAAAAAAACACAAAACGAAAUCGUGGUCUUACCAUUCAACGAACCGGAUUCGAGCUCCCCCAAAAGGAGUUUUGCUCUUUGGACCUCCGGGUACUGGGAAAACAAUGAUUGGUAGAUGUGUGGCUUCGCAAUGUAAAGCUACUUUCUUCAACAUUUCUGCAAGCUCACUAACAUCGAAAUGGGUCGGGGAAGGAGAGAAGCUAGUGCGCGCUUUAUUCUCUGUGGCAAGGUUGAAGCUGCCAAGUGUUAUAUUUAUCGAUGAGGUUGACUCUCUUCUCUCUUCGCGCUCGGACACGGAGCACGAAUCAUCUCGUCGCAUCAAGACCGAGUUUUUAGUACAGCUAGAUGGAGUUGCUACCAAUUCCGACGAAAGGCUGCUAGUCCUGGCGGCAACCAAUCGCCCACAAGAGCUCGAUGAGGCUGCUCGACGACGUUUUGUGAAGCGUCUUUAUAUAGCUUUGCCUGAAGCUGAGGCAAGACUUACGAUCGUCAAGAAUUUACUUGCUGAUAUGAAACACUCGCUUGAAGAGGAAGAUUUCAAUCGAAUAGCGGAGUUGACUGAAGGUUUGUUUUUUGCUUUCUAUCUCCUACCUUCUAUCGGCUCUAGGGCAAUUUGCAGGAUAUUCUGGUGCCUGAUGUGCGACAGCUAUGUGCUGAGGCCUGCAAUGGGUCCGAUUCGAGAUGUGGAUAACUGCUCUUCCAUGGAUAUUGAGACGGUGGAAACUGAUGAGAUACGACCUAUCUCUGUAACGGAUUUCGUCAGUGCUGCACAAGUUGUGAGGCCUACUGUUGUUAGUGAGGACUUAACGGCCUACAAGGUUUGGGACAGUAAAUUUGGUUGUCUUGUUUGA